AUGUCCACGCCCCCACCUUCCGUCAGUGAUCUGACAAUGUCUCGCCUUGAUAGAUCGACCAGUCUAGAUUCACCUCCAGAAAAGACCAUCUUUCGUAUAGAUCUCAAUGAUGAUCGUCCGCUACCGUCGACGACGGCCUCCUUGUACGCAGCCAGCGAGGCGGGUUCGUUACAUGGAUUUCUUAGAAUAUUGUCUAUUUUUUUUUUGACGCAGGUUCGAAACUGCAAAAAGACCUCAUGA